AUGGCUCACCCAGCAACUUCUGCCAUCACCAUGGCUUUUGCUUCUCCAUCCUACUCCGGCGGCAUGGCCAAACACUCGACUGUCAGCGCUCUCUCCGCCGCUGUUGCCAAACACGGUAUCGGAAUGCCACUCACACCCCCUAACUCCGUAUCUCCGGGCUUGCCUGCCCAUGCAGCCACUGGUCUGCGUUCGCCGCCUCCGAUCCAUAUCGAUGGCGAGAGUGACUCUCGUCAGCCUCUUCCUCUUAGCAAGGGUGCCCUUUCGGGACUGGACGCCUCGCAGUCCAUCACCGCGUCCAUGCUCGCAAAGCAUCACCUGCCAGGCAUCAUGCUUGGACACGGUCCUAUUGCAAUCAGACACGUCAUGGCUUGCUUGACACAGUCCGUUCCUGGUUUCUCGCGUAUUCCACCAGCCAAAGCUCGCAGGUUGGUCGUCGCAGCCUUGGAGAACCGAGCAGGCGGUGGUGCCGAUGGCAGUGUUGUAUUUGAAAAGGUGGGAUGGGGAAGAUGGGAUGCACACACCAAGGGUCAACGCCCCGACCUGAGUUCAAGUUAUCGGGACGGAAAGUUGUCUCCACCACCCAGCGAGCCUGAGAGUUGUGCUGCCUCGUACACCGAAUCCGGCUUCCCCAGCUCGUACAAGCCCCACGCCAGCCAGCAGCUCAACAGCUGGGCAGAGUCUUCGAUGGCAUCCCACUAUGAUGACCAUUUGGACAACAUGAGCAUGGAAGAGAAUGAGGCUGACAAGAUGUCGCUUGACGGCUCCUCUUCCGCCAUGUCGGAGGACGACUCCGGAAUGUCGGACAGUGAAGGUGACGAAACCGAGGAGGAGGAUUGGGCUGCCAUGGGAGCAGAUGCUUUGCGCAAGGCUUCUAUGUCGACAACAGCCUCUCCAGGAGCCAGAAGAAACUACAACCUCAUCAGCAUUCCUGGCUCCCUGCACGAGGCACGCACGCCAUCUGUGUACGGAAGCGUUGGCGGUGCUAGGUCGUCCUUCGUCGCAAAGUCGACACCCCAGUUUGUCAGAAGGCCAUCGGCGAUGAGCUACACCCAGCAUAGAAGCAGCUUCAGCCAGAGACCACCUGGCCAGGGCACUACACCAAUGGAAAUCGACCAGACCAUCCAGGAAAGAGAGGCAAUCGAAGCUCUCUUGCGUAUGGGCUCGGCAUAG